UUCCACCGCGUCCUAUUGGCUGAAAGUAUGUGGUGUGGGCGGGGCGUUAUCUUCGUGGCACUGUCGGGGGGCGGGACUUAUACGUCCGACAGGAAAACUAGAGAAAGGCGAGGAUAUCUAAUAAAACGAUGGCUGCAAUCAGAAAGAAACUAGUGAUAGUUGGUGAUGGCGCCUGUGGCAAGACCUGUCUCCUCAUAGUGUUCAGCAAAGAUCAGUUCCCUGAGGUUUAUGUGCCCACAGUGUUUGAAAACUAUGUGGCAGAUAUUGAAGUCGAUGGUAAACAGGUGGAGCUGGCUCUUUGGGACACAGCGGGUCAGGAGGACUACGACCGACUGAGACCUCUAUCCUAUCCAGACACAGACGUCAUCCUCAUGUGUUUCUCCAUCGACAGCCCUGACAGUUUGGAGAAUAUUCCAGAGAAGUGGACUCCUGAGGUCAAGCACUUCUGUCCCAAUGUGCCCAUUAUUCUCGUGGGAAACAAGAAAGACCUGCGAAAUGAUGAGCACACACGUCGAGAGUUGGCCAAGAUGAAACAGGAACCAGUGAAGUCAGACGAGGCCAGGGACAUGGCUAACCGGAUCAAUGCCUUUGGUUACUUGGAGUGCUCAGCCAAGACGAAGGAUGGUGUGAGGGAGGUGUUUGAGAUGGCCACCAGGGCGGCGCUGCAGGCCAAGAGGCGAGGCAAGAAGAGCGGUUGCCUUCUGCUGUAGAGUGUCAGGUCACACAGGAUCGGGAGGGAGGGGGAAACAAACCAGGCAAAGAAAAACAUCCCUCCUCUGUGUCUGCUUUGUCACCAAGGUGGGCACAUUUGAAUGGGGCGUUUAAAGGGAUGAGUGAGAAAAGUCAACCCAGGCUAAAGGGAAAAAAGGAAGGUCAAAUACAAUGGAAAAAGGGAGCAUAUACAUUUAAGCACAAGGUUAUAGCGUUAGGCUUUCAAAUAAAAGUCCUGUAAUCUUGUGUUUAAGAUUCAUUAGACAUGAAAUUAUUAAGAGAAUAUGAAGAAAAGGGGACAUUUCUCUCACUCAUACUUUUAAACCUGUGGGAGGGUAAGAAGGGUUCCCAGUUCUCUGAAUGGAGUACGAUGGUCUCAUCAUGGUGUGAGAUUGAGACCAGCUCCAGAAGAGAUCCGGUGUGUCAAUUCACUCCAGAUGUAUGCCUGCCUAGCUACCUGUUGGGAGACUUCCAUGGCCUGCAGUGUGACUAAGCUUGCCUUUCUUUCUCCUUUAUUCCCCUGGGGAAACAACCUAACUUUAUAUGGCCUUGCGUUUCUGUUUUAUCAACCUGUAGUAUUUGAUAAAACUUCCAUUCAUUUAAAAAGCUGAUGGCAAUGAGACCAACUUAUUUGAGUGUUUUAUACAGGCUUGUUAAUGAAUGCAACACUUAACAAAUUGAGAUUUAGUUGAGCUUAUCUUGGCUUUCAAGUCAGAAAACUGUAUGUGAUUGAAUUGAUGUGGACUGUCAAACACACUGUAUACAGUUGGGUAUUAAAGCGUUAACUAAAUUGUACUAUCCUCGAGGCAGUACUGCAAAAUUUCUGAACAGUAGUGGGGCCUUAACUUGAGAGAAGAAGACCUUUUAUGUAAAACAGGGUUAUAUUAAAGACAAGCCUUUAUUUCUAAUUCCCCCUGUUUUAUAAGUACAUGUCAUCAUAUUUUAGUAAGAAAGCCUCCUUGUUUUCUGAUCUGCUCCGGUUUUAAUUAGCCGUUAAUGCAAACUCAACACCUCCUCCAUGAUAAAUUCAGGAUAAUGUCCAUUUCUACAGCACUAUUUCCAUCACUACACAGUGAUUUAUGAGUUUCUCUUUUUAACACAAAUACUGUUUUCACUUACUAAUUAUUUUCAGUCACUUCAAUUUUCCCAUUUUUAUUUUUAUUUUUAUCCUUGUUAAGCUACCAUCAACAAAAAGCAACACUUUCUGUACAUAUUUUACAUUAAAAACCCUCCACCAGGUCAUAGGAUGUCCUCUAGCUACCAGUAGGCUUUUAAUUUGAAACAUUUGCAGGAAGGGCAGAGAUUCCCAUGACAGUAACUUAACAGUAACAAAUAAUCAUGGAAGCCACUGGAAAUAAUUAGUGAAUGAAAACAGUAUUUCUGUUAGAGAAGUAUGACAUGACUGUUGUUGUACUGAUGGGAUGGAAGUGUUGUGGAAAUGUACACUAUACUGACUUUUAGCAUGUGAGACAUAAUAAUACGGUAAGUCCAUGCUCAGUUAUUUUAACCCAGCCAUUAUUUGUCGUUCAGUUGUUCCCACAUUAUUACUCUCAUUAUUUAAAUACCAGCUUUUAUUUGGAACGGUGUACCUGUAUGCCAGGGUGGAAGUGUGUUUUGUUUCCACUCUGCCAGUUCACUCAUGAUGCCUACAACUAUUCAUUUACCGCUUUUUAUUCUGUCAUAUAUUAUUUUAACUAUGUGAUAUUCUACUGGCUUAUGUUGUAUUAUUUGCACACAUCCUAAAACAAAAGGUCAGUGUGGUAUACACACUUUGAAAAAAAAAAAUUAUGAAACGCUAAAUGCAAGCGACUCCUUAGGGAUUGGUUAUUUGUAAGAGGAAUAUUGUUUUGUAUACAAACGUAUCCUCAUAUUUUUUAUUAUGUAUUCUAAAGGAAAUAAAUUGUAACUGAGAAUGACCAAAUUCUG